AUGAGUUCUUCCCUGAAUAAUUCAUUACGCCAAAUAAAUAAAUGUGAAGGUGUCACGGUAAAUUUAUUAAAUAACAGCAACAACAAGUCAUUUCGUGAACUUCAAACAAUGGAAGAAAGACGUAGUUUUAUUAUUAAUCAAACUAACUCUGAAAGUCACAAAAGAAAAAAAAUUUGGGUUCUUGGUUUUAUUAUUGGUAUUCAUUUACUAUUUUUUGCCGUUGAAUUGACGGUUGGAUAUCUGGCUCAUUCUAUUGCUUUGAUGACUGAUAGUUUUCAUAUGCUAGCCGAUACAGCCGGUUUUUGUGUUGCGCUAGUUUGUGUUAUUAAAGCUAACAAACUAUCUAAAACUAACACUUUUGGAUAUGCUCGUUUAGAAACACUUGGUGGUUUUAUUAAUAGCGUUGGACUAUUAACAUUAUGUUUAACAAUCUUUUUUGAAUCAAUUCAUCAUAUUGUUGAUCCUCAUCUUAUGGAAAAUCCUUUACGAGUUUUUGUUGUCGGUUGGAUUGGCCUAUUUAUUAACAUUAUUGGAAUGGUUGUUAUGAGUGUCGCAGGAAUACAUAGUCAUGGACAUUCUCAUGGAAAAGAUGAACAUGAUGACAAUCAUUCACAUGGAGGAAAUGUUAUUAAACAACCAAAAAAAAUAUUAAAAGAAAUGGAGUUGAAUAAUAUUUGUACUUCCAAAAUUGUAGGAACAGAAGAUAUUGCACAAUCGUAUGCUGAAAAUAAUGUUGAUCUUAGUUUAAGUGAUGCAAUUAGUUUACAAAUGGAAAUUGCUGAAGCUGAGCAAGCACUUGAAGGAACUAACUUAAAUAUGCGAGGUGUUUUUUUGCAUUUAACUGCUGAUGCAUUAGGAAGUGUUGCAGUUAUCAUUGUUUCUGGUCUUAUCUAUUGGGCAACAUUACCUGAUUUUUUACUUUAUUAUUUAGAUCCUAUUCUUGGAAUAUUCCUUGCAUCAGUUAUUGCAUACAGUACAAUUCCAUUAUUUAAAGAUUGUGCUACUGUCCUUCUUCAGGAUAUCCCAAAAAAAUUUAAAAUUGAUGUGUUAAAAGAUGAUAUUUUAAAGGUUGAAUCAGUUGUUGGAUUACAUCAUAUUCAUAUUUGGAAUUUAGCUGGUAACAGGAAUAUUGGAAGUUGUCAUAUAGCUUUAAAAAGUUUUGAUAACUGGAAUGAAAUUCACAAAAAAUUGAAAUCAAUAUUUCAUACUCAUGGUGUUCAUUCUAUUACUAUUCAACCGGAAUUAUGGGAUAAAAAUGACACAAAAUGCGUUUUUGAAUGCUUAAAUGAAAGUUGUAACUUAAAAAAAUGUUGUACUAAAGAUGCUGAAAAUGGUACUAACUAA